AUGGCGCUAGCACCGUGCGACACGUUUGGACUCUCACAACACGCCAUCUUCUGUCCCGAACCUCUGUACAUCUACAAGAAGUCACGCAGGCCAACGUUUCGCAAGCGCAUUUUCCAUAAGUCGACUCACCACCGACGCAACGACCAGUACGUGUACGGUCCUCUAGACGACAUCAUCGACGAAAUCAAGAGCAACCUCUGGGAGUCACCACAUAACUAUAGCACAGAAGCAUCUCUUCUGGGGUGGGCAGACCCGCUCGAGGUCUCCUCAGCGUGGGCUGCAACACCACUGCCUGUUAGUAGACUACCCAGUAGCCAGCCUCUGACAAUACGCAAGAAUAGGGAAAGUCGUUCCUCAACCUCAGCAUCGAGUAUGGGAGAUUAUAGAUACCUCUCACGUGACAGUAGCCAGGAUGACGCUCUCGACGGCGGACCAGUUGGCGGACCAGGUGGCGUGCCUGCAUUGACGGAAACUGCCCCAUGGCCUUUUUUCGACGUGCUUACGUCGCAGGAGUCUGCACACGUACCCAAUACCACAGAUUUCGUUGAUCGUUCUAACGAAACCGGUGCUACCGAAAAUACCUCUCAGAAAUUUGGCGGCCGCUCUCUACCCACCGAGCGACGUCCCUCUCGUCUGCGGUUGCUUGCCGGUUUGUCACGUCUGCGACGUACGGAGACCGGAGAAUCCAGUGGUAACAGUGGUAACACAUCUGAUGUGCCGUCUCCCACGUCGCCCGCAGCUUGCAACGAUGAUGAUUCUGGUGUGGAACUGCUCCAAAAGCCAAGCGAUGAUGCUGUCGACGCGUAUGUUAGGAAAAAUGCGCGCAAGUAA